AUGGAUUUAAAAGACACUGGGAACUCGGGAGAUCUAGAGUUUGGUGGAUAUUCAAAAGAGCAGCACAUCAGCACUCUCGAGAACGUCGAAAUAUUCGACAACCAGGAUGUCGUUGAAAAGGAUCCAAACUCCCUCAAUGCAGGACUUCAAAGAGGGUUGAAAGAUAGACAUAUGUCCAUGAUUGCAAUCGGCGGUUCCAUUGGCACUGGUCUUUUCUUGUCUUCAGGAGCAACGAUUUCACAAGCGGGGCCAGGAGGAGCAUUAGUUGCAUGGUCGCUUAUUGGUCUUCUGGUGUAUGCUGUAUCUCAAGCCAUGGGAGAGAUGGCAACCGCAAUACCGGUGGCCUCAUCUUGGACUGUAUUCGCAGGACGUUUUAUAGAUCCUUCUAUUGGUUUUGCUGUUUCUUGGAGUUACUGGUUUAAUAUUAUCACUGGCUUGGCAUCUGAACUGAUUGCUGCUGCUAAUGUUGUAGCGUAUUGGAACGAUAGCAUACCAACUUGGGCUAUGUCAAUCGUCUUUUGGGUGGUUCUACUUCUACUAAACAUGCCAGGUAUCGCAGUCUAUGGCGAAAUUGAAUACUGGUUUUGCCUUAUCAAAGUCAUCACCAUCAUUGUCUUUAUCAUCAUUAGUAUUUGUGUCAUCAGUGGAGGUAUUGGUGGCGUUGUAUACGGUGUCAAGUAUUUCGGUUCUGAUGUUGGCGGCGGCCCAUUCAAGGAUGGUUUUGUUGGAGUUCUCAAUGUGUUGAUCAACGCCGUAUUUUCGUAUGGUGGAUUCCAAAACAUGACUCUUUUGGCUGGUGAAGCCAAGGAUCCUCACAAGACAAUUCCUAAGGCAGUAAACAAAGUUUGGAUUCGUAUAUUGUUGUUCUACAUUGUUUCCAUUUUCUGCAUGUGCUGUCUUGUCAGUCAAACGGACCCACGGUUGCUAAGUCCAGACCACAGUGUUGUAGAGUCUCCUUUUACUAUUGCAUUCCAAAAGACCGGUGUGUCUGCAGCAGCUAGUAUCCUAAAUGCUGUUAUUCUGACUAGUAUCCUGUCAGCGGGUAACUCAAAUAUGUAUAGUGGAUCUCGAAUUCUUCUAUCACUUGUGCGAUCAGAUAUGGGACCAUCUUUUGCCAAAAAAUACAUAACCCUGACAAACAGAUGGGGUGUGCCAUAUGUCGCUGUUUUUCUGACCUCCAUCGGAUCUUGUGUAUGCUUCGUCACUGGAAUUGUUGGCAACGGUGUGGUUUUGACAUGGCUGAUAGCUCUUAGCGGAGUAACAACCAUGAUUGCCUGGGCUUCUAUCACAUUUGGAGCAUACCGGUUCCGUCGUGCAUGGUCUGCACAGGGUCGCUCACAAUCUGAACUACUUUAUAGAGCACCGGGCUACCCAUAUAUGCAUAUAGCAUCUACCGCCCUCAACAUUAUCAUGCUGUUUAUUCAAGGCUGGUCUUCCUUCAGUCCAUUUAAUGUAUCGAGUUUCUUCAGUGCAUACGUGUCCGUUCUCUUCUUCGUUAUUUUGUUUGCCUACCACAAGAUUGCAAAUAAGACAAAAUGGGUCAAGUUGAGUGAGAUGGAUCUUGACACAGACUACUUCCACCCACCACCUGAUCAAGACGACUUGGAUGAUACUGAACGGAAUAACGUUCCGAAAUGGCGUGCAUGGAUGACAAAAGUAUCGGGCUGGAUAAUGUAGAGCAAAGGUCUUAUCGUUACUGAUGAAUAUUUAUUUAUGGCAAAAUGCCCUUGUACCAAAUGGUUCCAAAUGUGUGCAAACAAAAACCACAUGGUCCAAAUGUCAGAUUUAACACUUUACUUUGAAUACUUGAUUCUUACAAAACUUGAUAGCCUUACUCAUAUCUAAAUGUUAAUGUUAAUUUUUUCUUUAUUUCUCAUUGAUGAUGAAAAAGACUGGUGCCGGUGUUCAAAAAAGUCACGCAUUGUACCAAGGUCAGACAAUAUGAGAAAAUGCAAGCCAUAUAAAUUAAGAUUAUAGUUUGUCGCCAAUUGCCCAAUCGUUCAACCAACGUUGUGAAAUCGUUUCA